AUAAAAUUAAAUCAAUAUGGGCUGAGGUAACUCAAGGUCUACCAAAAUUAAACAAAAAGAACAAGAAUCGACAAAUCACAAAAAUUCAGGGAAGGAAAAAGACAAGAAAGAUGUUAUACAAGCCACUCCUAAGAGGCAUGAUAAAGCAGCUGAUGACUCCAAAAUCGAUGAAGACCAGAUGUAUAAUCUAGCCAAACCUGAUAACAUCAAGAAGGAAAAGGUAGAUCCCAUAAAAGUUCAAGAAAAGCAGAAGGAAGAGAAAGCAAAAGAAAUUAAACCUAAAAUUAAGGAAUCUCCGGAGGUUAAACAUGAGUCUCCUAAAAUAGAAAAUAAGAAGGAAAAUUCAGCAGAUAAUAAAAAUGAGAUGACUCCAGGUCAAAGUUCUACCCCAGAAAUAGUCAAGCCUGUGAUGAAGAAAGAAAUUCCUUCUGUAACGCCAGCAAUGGAGCUGAUGAAGAAAGGAGAUGAAUUGAUAAGCCCUUUUGAUGAUAAUAUAUUUCCUCCAAAUAAAAAGACAAAAUUGCCUCCUUUGAAUGAUCCUCGGAAGUUACCACCAAUAGAGAAUACUCAAGUAGCCUCUAAGAAGGCUACUUUGAUGAAAGAAAACUUAGCCAACAAGGAAAUUACAGCCCCUAAAAACGAGAAAGUCCUUCAACAAAAACAAGUAAUCCCACAAAAGAAAGAUCCUGUGCAAGAAAUUAAACCUCAAGAGGAAGUUAUAGGGACUGAUAGUAGUCUCAGGCUCUCAGAAGGAGCUAUGCUGGAAGCUCAUGAUUUUGUUUCUGAUAUGUUUACCAGAACUAAACAGAUAAUGAAACCUAAAAAGGUGCCUUUCAAAUAUCAACAAAUAGAUGGAGGAAAUCUCAAAUCGAUGGAAACUAAAGAAAUGACCAAUGUGAAGAGCAUAAGUGGCAACCAACCAGGCUCUUCCUUCAUGACUGAUAAGUUAAAGGGGUUCCAAAUAGCUUCAGAAACUGAAAGCGAUGGUAAUAAUAUUGGUAGAAGAGCCUCCCAAUAUAACAAUGAAGUAUCAAAAAGGAUGGAGAACACUCAAGAAAAGUUUCAUAAAGCUGAGAGAGAAGAGGAAAAGUUAAUGCAAGAUUAUAACCAAAUUGACCAAUCACAAGGAGGCAUAAACCCGAACAGAUAUGGCGACUCUGAAGACCCUGAAGAUGUUGAGGAGGUUCAAGAUAAUGAAAAUCAACGACUAUCAACAGUCAUGGUCUCUGAAGGAAAGAUGGAAGUAGCUAAAGAUUAUGUCGAAGGAUUAAUGGAAAACGUGAGAAUAAUGACUAAACCUGCAAACAGAAGAUGUACACAAAAGCAGACUUAUACUCAUUCCCAAGUAAAUACGAUCGAAGAAAAAUCUGAAGAUCGGAUGGAGAACAAGCAGUCCAAUAAUACAGGAGAUUCUAUUGAUACCUUACAAAAAUAUGGUGAUUUCAAAGAAAAGCGAGAUAGUGAGAUUGAAGCUAGGAAGGAAAUAGCUCAUAGCUAUGUGUCAAGCCUCAUAAAUUUUUAAUGCAAAUUAUUGAUUAAUAAAAUAUAAUUUCCCAGUA